GUUUUUGUGUAAGCAGCUGACGCAUUCCGAUUUGGUUAUCGGAACGUUGGCAAGUAAUAAAUUUUUGCGUAUAACAGCACAAAUGUGCAUGUAACAGCUCAGACUGUGCUUGUAACAUGCGCUUAACAGAACAUCUGGGUGAGCACAGCUGUUUCUCGCCCAAUUUAAUUCGGACUUCAAAAUGGGAAAGCAUAAAUCAAGAUGAAAUCCUGGUGGGUUUUAUGAAAGACAACCCGGACAGAGCUUUGCGGCGCUCUCAAUGCUGUUGGGCUGCCAAUCAAGGACGCAUUGGGUUGGAAAAAGGUUUGGGCAGAUUGGAAAACAAACAUCCGCAAGAAGAUGGCGAAAAACAAAUCAGAAACUCGAGCUACAGGUGGAGGGCCCUUCGCUCAGCAAUCGCUUGGGGAAUUGGAGGAGGAAGUGGCUAAGCUAUUAUAACGAAUAAUUUUUAAUUA